AUGACGGUCGAUGGUCCCGAAGAAACUCACAUCUGUGGGUUUAACGUUUUCACUGUUGCAGAGGGUCCAUGGUAUCUAGGGCAAGUAUGCAGGCUAUGGAGGAACGUCGUCAGCACGCUCUGCCCUGAGCUAUGGGCAACGAUGACCAUCCAAGCUCCACGUUCCGAUAUAGAUGCGUGGCGUCCCCGCGGAGACGUCGUAGCAAUGCUCGAGAGUGUGCUCGAACGGGCUGGAAAGCAUCAUCCCCUUGACUUCUUGUUUUCCCAUCGCACCAUUUCGUCAGCAGAAGUUCUCAGCGUCAUGCAGCGGUGCUUUGACUUUAUGAUAAACCAUUCAGCACGAUGGAGAAGAACCGAAUUUGUCGUUCAUCCCUCAUUUCUUCCACGUCUUUCUGUCGUCCGCGGAAAGGUCAAUCUGCUCACCGAUGCAUAUGUGAAAUGUUGGCCCUACCUGGAGAAUCAUUUAGCUCCCAUCACCGCCUUUGAAAUAGCACCUAGGCUGAGAAACCUCCACGCGAAAGGAAUACAUCGUCAGGCUCAAGUCAUUUUUCCUGCCAGCAAUCUUAUCUCGUUUUACGAUGAACGACCAUUUGCGGGUGACCUGCUGACGCCGGAAUACGUCGACAUUAUCAGAUCUUCUCCGAAACUCCUCUCGUUUUCGUACCACGACUACGCUGGCGCCCCGGUACCACCAGGAUUACUGCCAGCCCAUCCCUGUGUUAUCAGCCAGUCUAUACAGACGCUUUCAGUUUCUUCGGCAUGUUUCAUGCGAAGUGUUGAAUUGCCAGCGCUACGCGAGGUUGUUCUCACCCCUGGCUAUGACAAGGACAGAAACCAGCAGGUUAUCGAUCUUCCAAGGGGUGCCAUCAUAGCGCUGUCGGAGCUACUUCACCAUUCCCACUGUUCGCUAAUCCGACUCUCUGUCGUCGAUACAACUAUCGUUGACAAUGAUCUUGCAGCGGUUCUGCGAUUGACGCCGCGUCUGGAGGAAUUUAACAUUCAAUUCAACCAAUGGGAUGAGGGUAACGAUCUGGGUAUGGAAGCGCCUAUGGAGGAGCUGGCGGAGACCGUACGGGUGGAUGGGUCAGUCUGCCAUGCCCUGAUUCCUUGUCUGGGCAGCUUCCCCCUCGUGUUGGAAGGAGUUGAUAAUGUGCAUGUCUGUUUUCUUGACUGCGAGUUUCUCGAGAUGAUCAUUUCACGGAAUCGCGAUGGCGUCCUGGGGAAAUUUGGUCUACGUAUAGUGGGACAAAGUUGGAGUUAUGGAUUGGAUCCGGAAGAUGAGGGCGAAUUGAGGGCCCUCACAAAAACUGGUCUCACGCUAGACUUUGAUCUGUAUGAUUUCUGA